AUGGUCGGCACUAGAGUAAGACUGCUGACAGCUACUGCGCUUCGUGUGCAGUACUGCAGAGUCGACGGGUACGUUGCUGGUGGGGGUUUGGCCCGAUUGCAUGCAUGGCUGGCUGGCGAGGAGGGUCGGCCACUGUCAGGUACCAGCGUUGCGUCCUGGGAUGCCUUGGGCAGCGCACGCCGGAGAGUCGACGGUGUCGGGUAUGUCACCGCGGAUGUCAGGGUACGCGUACGAUGGCACACCGAUGGUAUAUCAUCAACACUGGCUGUAACUCUGCGAUCAACCCCACGUCCCAUGUAA